CACAGUGAGUAGAACUUGUGUCCGAUAGGGACUCCUUCGGAUUUGUGAGGAUCUCGCCCGCUCUCCCUAGCCUUUCGGGCUCCACACUCUUGGUUCUCUUCAGGGCCGCUUCUCCAGGGACCCAGGCCAUUAUCUGCUCCCUGACGUUUGGGAGUAAAGAGACUCAGUAUUUGGUUUCUUCACAGGUUGUUUAGUAUUAACAUUUAAAAAUGUCAUCCAAACAAGAAAUAAUGAGUGACCAGCGGUUUAGGAGAGUUGCAAAGGACCCAAGAUUUUGGGAAAUGCCAGAAAAGGAUCGAAAAGUCAAAAUUGACAAGAGAUUUCGAGCCAUGUUUCAUGACAAAAAGUUCAAGUUGAAUUAUGCUGUGGAUAAAAGAGGACGCCCCAUCAACCACAGUACGACAGAGGACUUGAAACGUUUCUAUGACCUUUCAGAUUCUGAUUCUGAUCUCUCUGAUGAAGAUAGCAAAGCUUUAAGCCAAGAGAAAGCAAAGAAGAAAAAGCCUCAGACUAAAAAAGAAAUAGAUUCCAAAACUCUUGUUGAGAAGAAAAAGAAAAAAACCAAGAAAAUUAAUCAAAAGGAUUCUGUAACUGAAAAUGAUGUAAAUAAUUCUGAAGGAAUUCAGAAAAUGAAAAAUUCACAUAAAUCUAAGAUAGAUUCAAAAUUAAGUCUUAAGAAGAAUAGUGAAGAAUCUGUAAGAAAGAGUACUAAAGGGAAAAAUACUAUUCAGCAUAGUAGAGACUCUUACUCCAAAGGAAAACUGAGGACAGUAGACUCAGGUGCAUCAGAAUCUGUGACAUCUCCCAAGAUCAAGUGUACCAAGACAAGAUCAGUGGUUCCACAUAUAAUGGCAAGAGACAGUGACUGUUUUGAAAACUCAAGAAAUGGUAAAAUGUUUGAAGGAGAUGACUUGGAGGAAGAUUCAGAAAGUGCUAGUGAAAUGAGAAGUGAUGAGGAAUCUGAAGAUGAAUUCUCAGGUGUUGUUAGAACUUCAGCUGAUGAUGAUGAUGAUGAUGAUGACGAUGAUGAUGAUGAUACUUUAGCUGAUGAUUAUGAUGAUAGUGAUGAUGAGGAAGAUGAUGAGGAAGAUGAAGAAGAGGACAGUGAAGAGGAUAAUGAAAGUGACAGUGGCCCUGAUCUUGCACGAGGUAAAGGAAACAUAGAAACUAGUUCUGAAGAUGAAGAUGAUUUGCCAGAUUUAUUUCCAGAAGAACCUACAUUUGAGCAUGCUUGGAGAGAAUUAGAUAAAGAUGCUCCUCGGGCUGAUGAGAUUACACAUCGAUUAGCAGUUUGCAACAUGGACUGGGAUCGAUUAAAAGCAAAAGAUUUGCUGGCUUUGUUUAAUUCAUUUAAACCUAAAGGAGGUGUUGUAUUUUCUGUAAAGAUAUAUCCUUCAGAGUUUGGGAAGGAGAGGAUGAAGGAAGAGCAAGUUCAAGGACCAGUGGAGUUACUAAGUAUUCCCGAAGAUGCCCCUGAAAAGGAUUGGACCUCUAGAGAAAAAUUGAGAGAUUAUCAGUUCAAACGACUGAAGUACUAUUAUGCUGUAGUAGACUGUGAUUCUCCUGAAACAGCGAGUAAAAUUUAUGAGGAUUGUGAUGGCCUGGAAUUUGAAAGCAGUUGUUCAUUUAUAGAUCUAAGGUUUAUACCAGAUGAUAUUACUUUUGAUGAUGAGCCCAAGGACGUAGCCUCAGAAGUGGAUUUAACAGCAUAUAAACCAAAAUAUUUCACGUCUGCUGCAAUGGGAACAUCAACGGUGGAGAUCACUUGGGAUGAGACUGAUCAUGAAAGAAUCACAACACUCAACAGGAAAUUUAAAAAGGAAGAGCUUUUGGACAUGGACUUUCAAGCCUACUUAGCUUCUUCAAGUGAAGAUGAAGAGGAGAUAGAAGAGGAACUACAAGGUGAUGAUGAGAUCAAUUUAGAAGACGGGAAAAUGAAGAAAAGUCAAAAGGACGAUGAAGAACAAAUUGCUAAAUACAGGCAGCUUUUGCAGGUUAUUCAAGAAAAAGAAAAGAAAGGCAAAGAAAAUGAUAUGGAAAUGGAAAUUAAGUGGGUUCCAGGUCUUAAGGAAAGUGCAGAAGAAAUGGUCAAAAACAAAUUGGAAGGAAAAGAUAAGUUGACCCCUUGGGAACAAUUUUUAGAGAAGAAGAAGGAGAAAAGAAGACUGAAAAAGAAACAGAAGGCCCUUGCUGAAGAAGCCAGUGAAGAUGAACUUCCCUCUGACGUUGAUCUGAACGACCCAUACUUUGCUGAAGAAGUUAAAAAAAUAGGUAUAAAGAAAAAAUCAGUGAAGUCUCCAAAAGAUGACACAUCUCCAGAGCAAGAAACUGAACUGGAGAAACAAAAGGCUGAAAUGGCUUUGCUCAUGAUGGAUGAGGAGGAGGACAGCAAAAAACACUUCAAUUAUGACAAGAUUGUGGAGCACCAGAAUCUGAGCAAAAAGAAGAAAAAACAGCUUAUGAAAAAGAAGGAAUUACUGGAGGACGACUUUGAGGUGAAUGUUAGCGAUGCACGGUUUCAGGCAAUGUAUACUUCCCACUUGUUCAAUUUGGAUCCCUCAGAUCCUAAUUUCAAGAAGACAAAAGCUAUGGAAAAAAUCCUUGAAGAGAAAGCCCGGCAAAGAGAACAAAAAGAACAAGAACUCACCCAAGCAUUAAAGAAGAAAGAAAGUGAGAAAGAAAAAGAAUCACAAAAGAAGUCCAUUGAUCCUGCCUUGUCAAUGCUGAUUAAAUCUGUAAAAAACAAAACAGAGCAGUUUCAAGCAAGAAAAAAACAAAGAGUCAAAUAACUGGAUAUUACUCAUUUUUGGAUUGAGAUUGUGUUGUUUUAAAGUAUACAGAAAUAGUACAAGGAAUAUUGGGAACAAAGCUACCUUUCCAGAAUAUGAAUCUAAUCUUACUCUCACCAUAGUAAAUUUUUGUCUUUAUACAUGAUUAUUUUACCAUGUUUUUAGUUGACACAUUUGGACUUUAUAUUUUUGUGGAUUAAUCAUAAUAAACCAAAUUAUCUGAAUUAGUAAAUUUAUAAAAUUUGUAUUUUUUAUGAAGUUCAGUGCCUCCUAGUAGAAAGUUACUAUGAAUUGGUUUUGACAGUUUAGAAUUCUAUGUAAAAAUAGAGCAGUAUCUAUUCUUAAGUCAGUGUAAAGGUCAGGAACAUUCUGAAAAUCUAUAUGUGUAAUACAAUAAUUUCUGUGGAAACAGAAGGCAGAUUUAGAUUGCUAUUAAAAUUAUUUAUUUUUCUAACUGUAAAAGAAGCCAUGUUGUUUGUCAUGUUCAGUGUUUGUUGAUGUAAGUAAUUUAUGAA